GGGUAUAUUACGCUGAGGCCAGUAGUAAUACAUAGAGAAUAGGAUAAUAUUCGCCACCACAGCGCUUUUCGUCGUCCUUUAGCGUGAAUACAUGCCUCUUUGACAAUUUCAUCGUUUCUAACAACUCCAACAUUGCUCGAAUCAUGACAACUACAAUUUCGAAUGGCACUGCUACGCCAGCCACUAAUGGUGUAAACGGUGAGCAAGCAAAAUCGCAUAUCUCCAACGGAUAUGAAGCUAUCGAUCCUGCGACGGCCUUAAAGACUCAGGAGAAAUAUCAAGAAGAGAGGAAAAAGCGGCUCAGGCCCGACGGCCUUACCCAAUACAUCAAUCUGGGAGAUACCGAAGAGCCAAGUUAUACACGCUUCCUAAAGGAUCCUUGGGAUGAUGGAUCAACUGCAUCUCUGACGCUGAAGGAAAAUGACCACUUCAAGUUUGUGAUCCUGGGCGCUGGCAUAGGCGGCCUGUUCUUCGCGGUGCGGUUGAUUGAUGCCGGAUUUCAACCAGAACAUAUUGUGAUAGUCGACGCUGCGGCAGGAUUCGGUGGGGCGUGGUACUGGAAUCGGUACCCUGGUAUCAUGUGCGAUGUCGAGAGUUACAUAUACAUGCCACUGUUGGAAGAAACAGGAUACAUGCCCAAGCAUAAAUACGCCUAUGGCGAGGAGCUUCGGGAGCAGGCGAACCGUGUUGCGCGGCAAUGGUCUUUGGACGGCCGAGCCAUGUUCCGCACCGUCAUCAGUCAAUGCACCUGGGAUGACAACACCGCCGGGUGGACUGUCAAAAUGACCCAGAAAGCCUUCUCAGGAGAGACAACAACGGCGAGUGUGCGUGCCGACUUUGUCAUGCUGGUGCCAGGACUGCUCAACCGUCCGAAGCUGCCAAAACUCCCCGGCUGGGGAAACUUCCAGGGUCCGAGCUUCAUGACUUCACGCUGGGACUACAAUGUCACGGGCGGGAGCCAAGAAGCGCCAGAGAUGAGCAAACUGCAGGAUAAGAGGGUUGGCAUCAUAGGCACCGGGGCCUCUGCUGUCCAAGCGGUGCCACACCUAGCCAGGUGGAGCAAAGAACUGCUAGUAUUUCAAAGAACGCCGGCAUCGGUUGACGUUCGAGCCCAGAAGGCAACUGAUGAGAAGGAGUGGAAGCAGAAGAUCUCUACGGGACCCGGUUGGCAGAUGGCUCGAAGUCGGAACUUUGCAUCCUUCCUAGCCAACACGCAGCCACCGGAGCCUGUGGACCUAGUAUCGGAUAGCUGGACAAGCUUUCCCUCUUUCAGCGUUCUGACGGGUGGAGCCAAAACAAUAGGCAUAGAUGAGAUUCCUGAUCACGUCGCCAACUUGCAUCGGUUGGACAUGCCGCGCGCGGAGAGGAUCCGAGCAAGGGUUGACGAGCUUGUCCACGACCAAGAGGUCGCCGAGAAGCUCAAGGCGUGGUACCCAGGGUGGUGUAAGCGGCCGGCGUUCCACGACGAGUACCUCCAAGUUUUCAAUCUGCCCAACGUCAAACUCGUGGAUACGAAUGGGAAGGGCGUUGAGAGAUUGACUGAGACUGGCGUCAUGGCAAAUGGCAGAACGUAUGACGUGGAUGUGCUUAUCUGGUCAACGGGUUUCGAGCAGGGUGUGCUCGGCAGCCCAGGAGCUCGGUGCGGCGUCAAAGUCAUCGGGCGAGCCGGCUUGGACAUGGAGGACAAAUGGUCCAAGGGAGUAGCUACAGUACAUGCCAUCUGCACAAAGGGCUUCCCUAACAUGUUCUUCGCGGGCGCUAACCAAGCGGGUGCAUCGCCUAACUAUACACCUACUCUGGAAACCUUUGCCCGGCACAUUGCUAAGAUCAUCUCUGAAAGUACUCGGCGGAUUGGCAGGGCCCAGCCGACUGCCAAGGUGGUCAUUGAGGCGACGCAAGAGGCAGAGCAAGACUGGUCCAGGCGCGUCAUGGUUGGGGCACCGACCCUAGCACCCAUGGCCGGAUGCACGCCUUCGUACUACAACGCCGAAGGAUCUUUGGAUAACAUGUCAAGAGAAGAACAGAUGCUUGCGGCGCCGGCAGGGCCCUGGCCGGCAGGGCUGAAUAAUUUCAUGGAUGUCUUGGAGGAAUGGAGGAGCCGGGAUGGCGAGCUAGAAGGGUUGCACGUAUCAGGGGUACAGGUAGACUAGAUUGGUUUAUUAGCGAUACUUAGGUGUGAAGAACGCUCUCUGGUUGAUGCUCCUUACAAAGUUUAUAUUGUGCCCGCAAAGCUUCUGGUGCUAUCUACGGCAACUCUCAGCCCGUUCGGUUCAAGUGAAACCGCCACUAUCAUAGUGAUGUCUCAGAGGACCGGAUAAAGAGAAAGCCUUGAAGGAAGAAGAUGAAUUGGUGGUCAAGCUAACUGAUGUUGAAGAUGAAGCUACUCGAACACGUGGUCUAGUACCGUACUUGAUCACCUGACGCACGUCCCCACCUGCCGCACGGAUUUCUAUAUACACCGACUUUUUGACUUCAACUUCAAACCAUCACAACUCUGUCAAUAUGGGUUCAAUUGAUGAGGCGCUUGCUUUUUUAGAAUCCCUAAAUCCAGGAGAA